AUGUCUAUGAAACAGUAUGCCUACAAAGGCUUCGGCGAGAACAACCAGAGAGACUACUGGUACUCGUCAGCCGUCCGAGCCGGUGAUUUCAUUCAUUGUGCCGGGCAGGGAGGUUACCUCGAUGAAUACGGCACACAGCCCAAGACCAUCGUUGAGCAGAUCGACCAGGCCUUUGUCAACGUUGACAUAGCUCUCAAGGAUGCGGGUGGCGCUGGCUGGUCUCAAGUAUAUCGAGUCAAUUCAUUCCAUGUCCAACUAGACCCGGUUUCACAAGAAGCGAUGGUACGCAACUUCAAGAAGUGGAUGCCUGACAACCAUCCUACUUGGACCUGUGUUCAAGUUGGUAGACUCGGCGGGGAUAAUAUGUGGGUUGAAAUUGAAGUGUCUGCUUUUGACCCGGAGGGAGCCAAGAGGGAGGGGACCAGCAAAGCCUAG